CAGACAUAAACUGAUAUAAAUAACAGUGGUCAAAUUAACAGCUAGUAAAUCAAUAUUUAAGCCAAAAAGUGGGACUAUUUGGAUACAUUUCUUCGGAAUUAUAUUGCCUCUGAAAAAUCCGGUUACCUGAACGACAACAUUUAUUGUUGUCAGGAUUUCUAGAUAUUAGAACCAGGACAUCAUUUCCGUGUGUAUUUCUAUUCGGACUUUUGUGGUACAAUCUAUACGUGAUAAAGCCAGGUUGUUGGAGUUUGACGUUUGGACUUUCGUGUAACGAUGCCUGUACUUUGUCAGGAGAAUAAUAUGUUUCCCACCGGUCGUCAUCCCUCCCCUGUCACCAACUACACUUACGGACAUUUCCCCGGGUACCAGGGCACACAGUACACGCCCCAGGCCCAGGACUUCUCUCAGUAUGUCGACCCUAACACAGCCUUCCAGCAGCAGUACAUGUACGGGGGCACGGGAACCAGCCCGUCCGUAGCCCGACCCCAGGGGAUGGAUGACUGGAUGAAUUACUCUGGGAUGCCCACCACCUCCUCCCACAGCCCGCAGUCAAUGCACUAUUCGUACCGCCCCGGGGGUAUGGAGUACAACCAACAUCAGACUUCCCUGCCCCAGGGAAACCAGACACUUACCAUCCUAGGGAGUUCCCCUCCGUCCGAGGGGUCCCCCACCUCUACCACCUCCUCCGGUAGUUCGGAAUCACCCUCCAACAAGCAGCUACGACCCCCCUUUGACUGGAUGAAGAAAGCGUCCUACACAACAAGCAUACCUACUGCAGGCAAGACACGAACCAAGGACAAAUACCGCGUGGUGUACAGUGACCACCAGCGCCUGGAGCUGGAGAAAGAGUUCCACUACAGUCGGUACAUCACCAUCCGCCGGAAGUCCGAACUAGCCCAGACCCUGUCCCUUUCCGAACGCCAGGUCAAGAUAUGGUUCCAAAACCGUCGCGCAAAGGAGAGGAAGCAAAACAAGAAACGUGAUGAUGGCGGGAAAAAUUCAACGGAAGUAGGUCUCCACAACGAGGCCAUGGGUGACGUCCAAGGCAUGUCACUUCCUCUGAAUAGUAUGCACAUCAAGUCUGACCCCAGCGACGACUACUGCCAGACAACCACACACAUACAAGACCAAGGUCAAGGUCACAUGGUACACCCCACCUCGCCACUGCACGUGACAACCACAAGAGAUACGUCACCAUUGCACGUGCCCACAAUAAAAAUUGACCCCAGUGAACUUGUGACGCAGCAUGCGUGAUGACAACAGACUAAUUAUCAAUCGUGCAAUUUGUCUUUAUUGACCCUUAGGAUGAGCUAGUGAGGUAGACAAUCACAAGUGAGCUAGACAUUCACUAGUGAGCUAGAUAGUCAUACGUGAACUAGGCAACCGUAUGUGAGCUAGACAUUCACUAGUGAAAGAGACAAUACUUAGUGAACUGACAGUGGUAUGACACUUUGAUUACGUCAGGGGUGAACCUGUACGGCGAGGGUUAAUGGUGAAUGCAGAAUACUCGGUGUACAUAAAGUUAUAGCUAGGAAUAAUAAUAUAUUACCGAACAUAUUAUUUGUAUAUGACGUGAACCGUACGUGCUAUGCACGCUAUUUCGGUGACCUCAAACACCCACGGGACCUUGAACAUGUGAAUAAAGUACUAUGUUAUCAAACCGGAAGUGAAAAAUGUGAAUAAAGUACUAUGUUAUCAAAACCGGAAGUGAUAGUUGUCAUAAGAAGACACGCAAACAUUUUCACGAAUAAUUGUAAAUGAUUGGGUGGUAUUUACAGUAAUAUGUUUUUUUUUCUUAAUUUGUUGAUUAUACAAUAAA